ACUCCUUUUGUGCACCGCUCCCAUCUCCCCAUGGAGGAGCGGGGCUCAACUGUGGCGGCCACCGACGACCCCCCGCUGGUCAACAACCUAGCCAUCCAACUGUCGUCUGCCUCUGGCCACCGACUAGAGACCUAUGUCGUUCAAGUCCCCAAAGAUCAAAUAUACCGUGUUCCUCCCCCAGAAAAUGCUCGUAUUGUAGAAGAGCAUCGCAACCGCCUCCCUAGCCCAACGAAGAAGACCCCGUGGCGCAAGUAUUUGUUGUGGGCUGCUAUCAUCUUGGUGGUGAUUGGUGUUAUUGUAGGUGUAUCUCUAACUGCGCUAUACCUUUCCUUCACCCCCAAAUCACCUGCCUUCUCCAUUACGCAGCUCACUGUUAAGAAUUCUUCCGACGACGGCCCUCCCAAAUACAAUUUGGCAUUGAAAGUUCAAAACACAAAUGAAAAACUAGGGGUGCAGUAUGGAAGCACGGAUGAAGCAUCACUAAUUUACUGGAAGCAAACUCUAGCAACGGGCUCAUUCCCGGCAAUGCAUCAAGACGCCGGCAAUUCAACCGUCAUUCAUUUGACACUUUUAGGCGCUGAGGGAAGAUUGCCUCGCGAUGUGGAGAAAAGUAUUGGCGACAAAAAACCAUCGCAUCAAAUUUCGUUGGGACUGAAAUUUAAUUCGCCAUUGGUGAUGAAUAACUGGGUGUUGAGGAUGUGGACAAGAAACAUGGACGUGACUUGUACAUUUAGGGUAAGCAUGAUGGGGGCUGGCUCCAAGGUUCUGUCGCAGAAUUGUCAAACUAAGUUGUCAUAAAGAAAAAAAGGUCGCGUUUUAUGCUUCUCAACUUUGUCAUGGAAGGAAUGUGUGCAGGUUUUUCUCUGGUUAUUUAGCUUGUUACGUUGAUGUUUUGAGGUUUUUUUGGUUUUCAGAAACGAAAGAAAAAAAAAAAAAAAACAAAGGGUAUUAUAGAGAGCAACGAGGGCGAAUAACAUAAAAAACUUACU